UCAUGCGCAGCUUCCAGCCCUUCCCUCCUGUCUCUACAGCAGCCGGCCGGUUUGCGCCCUCCUCUCCACCACAGCGGUGUUUGACAUGACGUCACCGCGCUGUUGAUCUCCGUUUCGUUGACAGCACGGGGCUGCUGAUUGCCGUAACGAGCCCGGUAGAAAGAACUUAGGAGGAUAAUAAUAAUAGACUGUCACAAAACGCGCGGAGUUACUCAACGGGAGGAAGCGUAAUUGGAUUGAUUAAUGCCUAGAUACGAUAAAGGGAAAAAAAUAGCUUCUGCGCUUCGUCACAUUCAGUAUCCAGCCUCAUUUAUUUUUUUUACAUUUUUUACUUCAACUCACGAGUCACAAGAGCUUUCGCCCUCGCCGUCCUUCUCAAGACCUUUCUCAGGCGGAGCCGGCUGGGUGGCCAUUGCCAUUAAUCUGCGAAAGGUCUCAUUACGUCCUAUUGGUUAUGGAGUUAGAAUCAAAGUUAAAUGAAGCAAAAGAAGAGUUUACUUCUGGUGGGCCAAUUGGUCAGAAGAGAGACCCCAAAGAAUGGAUACCACGCCCUCCUGAGAAAUAUGCAUUGAGUGGUCACAGAAGUCCUGUCACACGUGUAAUUUUCCAUCCUGUCUUUAGUGUUAUGGUCACAGCUUCAGAAGAUGCAACGAUAAAGGUCUGGGACUAUGAGACAGGAGAUUUUGAAAGAACACUCAAAGGACACACAGACUCUGUACAAGAUAUUUCUUUUGACCACUCUGGCAAGCUACUGGCCUCUUGCUCAGCUGAUAUGACUAUUAAGCUAUGGGAUUUUCAAGGAUUUGAAUGCAUAAGAACCAUGCAUGGUCAUGAUCACAAUGUGUCCUCAGUAGCCAUCAUGCCCAAUGGCGAUCAUAUAGUUUCUGCCUCCAGGGAUAAAACCAUUAAGAUGUGGGAAGUGCAUUCUGGGUAUUGUGUGAAGACUUUCACUGGCCACAGAGAAUGGGUCCGCAUGGUGAGACCAAACCAGGAUGGUUCACUGAUUGCUAGUUGUUCCAAUGACCAGACAGUUCGUGUUUGGGUUGCAGCAACAAAAGAAUGCAAAGCAGAACUUAGAGAGCAUGAGCAUGUUGUAGAAUGUAUUUCCUGGGCCCCAGAGAGUUCAUAUUCUACAAUAUUGGAUGCUACAGGAUCUGAGACAAAGAAGAGUGGUAAACCCGGACCAUUUCUGCUUUCUGGAUCCAGAGACAAGACUAUUAAGAUGUGGGAUAUUAGCACUGGAAUGUGCCUAAUGACACUUGUUGGCCAUGACAAUUGGGUACGUGGUAUUCUGUUUCAUCCAGGAGGAAAGUUUAUACUGAGCUGUGCAGAUGAUAAAACCCUCCGCAUUUGGGACUUUAAGAACAAACGAUGCAUGAAAACCCUAAAUGCGCAUGAACACUUUGUUACCUCUUUGGAUUUCCAUAAGACUGCACCAUACGUGGUCACUGGAAGCGUAGAUCAAACAGUAAAAGUGUGGGAGUGCCGUUGAUUUGAACUCACCUACAAUUCCCUUGCCUCACCCUUUACCUCUGGAUGCACUCAGAUACCAUGGUUACCCGUUGAGCUCUGUUAAUACCUAUUGUUCUUUCAUGUAAAUUAUUCUGGAUGUAGAUUGAGCUUAUUAAAUGUUACACAAAAAGUAUUCAUGCAUGGUGAAUCCAAAUUGUAUACUGUAAAUUUACAUACAUUGUUUAGAAGUACCAUAGGUUUAAGAACUCGGGCAGGCAUUGGUCACAUCAGACCUAAGGGGCAAGAGAUGGGCAAUUCAGCCAUCAUAAUAGCUGACAAUGUAAUUUGAUGUACCUGCAGGAUUAUGCCUGUUGCCAUCAUUGGUUGGUUUCAUUGAACAGUAGGCUCACUUCAGAAGCACAUAAUUGUGGUGCUUUUUGGAAAGUAAUGUUAUCUGCUGCACUGUGUUAGUGUGCUUUAAAAUUGACAUUUCAAUUUGGGAGUGUCUCGUCUUUAGAGCCUGAACUUUUAAGACCGCAUUUUUUUUUUUACUAUUUUUUUUUAAAUCUGUGAAAGAGAAUUGCAGAAUUAAUGCACUCAGUACUUAUUACACCUAGUUUGUGGGGACAGAGUGUUAGGAAUUUUGAUUACUAUCGAAUAAUCAUCACUUAAGGCAAUGAGUUAUAUAUUACACUUUUGCCUUUAUGGAGUUGAUUGUUGGAUGUUAACCAAAGAGUUGUCAUUGAAGAAUAAAAUUAAAAUUAUGCACAGAAUUGUCAAAAGAUUGAAAAAGUUAUCUCUGUAAUUUACUUUAUAUUACAACCUUGGUGUAUCCUUAAAUGUAUUUACCUCUUCAUUUAUCCCUUUUAAUAGCCACUGUGUGCCUCAGGGUUGUGCUGCUAACUUGCCUUUCCCUUUAGAGGUUUUGUAGAUCUUGGAGACUUUUUCAGAAUGCAAAUCAAAAUUAUUCACAAUGCUUGUAUUUUUAAUAGCAGAAACUGCAAAUCUUGAACUGACAUGUUCAGCAAUUACUAAAUAUUUAAAAUUAAGAAAAAUAAAUGGACUCUAAGGCAGGUAUGCAUGGAUUUACCUUUUUUUUUUUUUUCUUUUUGCCACUCAUACUUUUCUUACCACCUUAUUUUGUUAUUUUGGUUUUCUGUUUUGUUUACCCCCCUUUCUCUACAUGGUUAUUUCUGGACUACUACUUUCUUUGAGCUGAGUUUUUCUUUUAUAUUCAAGCUUGUAACAUUUUUAUGUAGUAUAAUUAUUUGAAUCCGUUUGUAGACCCUAAACUAAAUUUGAUUAUAUUACAUGAAAAAGCCAGUAAGUGUUUACCACCUUAUUUUUCUGCGAGAUAUUCUUAUCCUGAUGUAUAUCAUUACAUACAUUACAUUCAUUUAUGAUUCAGAUAGAGCAUGACAUUUUAAGCAACUUUCUGAUUUACUCCUAUUAAUUUUUCUUUGUUUUCUUACUAUCUUUAUUUAAAAAGCAAGAAUGUAAAGCUUUAUAGCCGACCCAUUUUUGGUUGAGAACCUGGGUUAUGCUUGUUUAUUGGUUUGCUCAAAGUAGCCACAAAUAAGCAAGUGCCAUACAGGGUGCUGAACCUAAAAUGUGCUGUCUCCUAAGCUUUAAAUUCCUGCUUUUUAAAUAAAGAUAGCAAGAGAACAAUCAAAAAUUGAUAGGGGUAAAUUAUAAAGUUGCUUAAAAUUGCAUGCUUUAUAUUAUUAAAGAAAAAAAAUGGGUUUAGUAUCCCUUUUAAUAAUGAGGAUUGUGAAGGCUGGUGUCUUUAGACUGCCUAAAUAAAUUGGCUUUAAUCUGCAUUUGAUAAGCAACUACAAAGCUCAUCGAGACAUUUAAUAACAAGAAAUGAAGAGGUAAAUAAAUACCUCUGACUUGCACUUUUUACAAAUCUGUUCCAAUAUAUGCACAUUUUUUUUAAAAUCCAUUGAAGCAUCACAUUUAGGCAGAAACUAUGCCGCUCUACACCUUCUAAUUUGACACUUACAUGUGGUACUUUGAUCUUCAUAGCUCUAGGUGACAAUGAUAUCCCAUAUUUUACUUUUAUCAAAGAAGUUUGCAGUGAUAGCAUGCUACAGAUCAGUUUAAGGAAACAAAUUACAAUAUUUAAUAUUUGAAUUAAAGAUCACCUUUAACACCAGUGUCUUCCUUUUUAGAAUAUAUUUGCAUUUUUUGUGUCUGCCAUUUAAUACUGAUGGCUGAAAGCGACAUAGUAAGUGUUGACAUGUUAAAGCGUACUUCCUAAAGUGUUUUUUUUUGUUUUGUUUUUUCUAUGUAGUGCUGUUUUGUAUAUUGCUUUUCAAAAGUGUCCCCUAAGAAUAUUUGUCUUUAAUGCCACAAAUUCUUUGAUAAAUGUCAGUCUUUUGGAAAAUUAGUUAAAUUCCCUUUAUGGAUAACGCACCAAUCACUUGACAUUUUACCAGUUAAUGAAAGUAAGACAGGGCUACACGUGUGUGUGUGUGUAUGUAUGUAUAUAUAUAUAUAUAUAUAUAUAUAUAUAUAUAUAUAUAUAUAUAUAUAAUGUGUGUGUAUAUAUAUAUGUAUGUGUGUAUAUAUAUAUGUGUGUGUGUAUGUAUAUAUGUUUGCACAUACACUGGGUUUUACACUAUACUUCCAGUAUAUGUAUGACUUAGUUCUGGUGAGAGUUAAUAAAAGUCUAGCCUCUACCUGCAAUGAGUUUGUUUCCAAAUAGCACUGUUUUUGUUUUCUUUCAUAAUGUGGUGAGAGUCCAUGAUCUCCAGCUGCUUUUUUUAAAAAUCAAAAUCCAUUAAAAAAUACUACGAAUUAUUAAAUGCUUCAAUUCAUUUUCUGACAAGGCUAGACAACAUAUGGUUUGCACAUUAUGCUAGACAUUGUUAAAGGCAUUUGCUUUGAUUUAUGAAGUGCUUUAAAGAACCUCUUCUCAAAAAUCGUUUUCUAUUUAUGAAAAUAUAUUUGGUAUGUUCGUAACCUCUACAUUGGUAUAUUUCCGUAUAGAUUAUAUUUAUAUAUUAGUAAUGGAAAACCCAGAUGUCCUUUGCUACUAAAAUCUUACUUCUGAAUCUUAUUUUCUUUUAUAAUUUUAUUUAUUUAUAAUGUAUCACUGAAUAUUGCUCCUAACCUUUUAAUGCAGCUGGUUUCUAAAAUGUGUGUUUACACCUGUUUCAUUGGCACAAAUGUUAAACUAUACAGUUUUGCAGUUUAGAUAAUCCCUAUGUUUAUUUAGUUUGUAUUCCUCAUUUUACAGAUUAGAAAGUCACAAUUUAUUUUUACAUGAAAUUAAAUUUUUCUCUAAUUGUAUUUUGUUUCCUUAAAGUCCGUUGUAUAUUUUUUUUGUUUUGUUUGUGAGAUGUUACAUGCAGGCAUACAUAUACAUCUGAGGAUUUUGCUUUCACUUUUAAGGGUAUGUUUUAUCUGAAAAAAUUGAAAUCUUGAAAAUUGAAGGCUUGAACAUGCAAGAUGUACAGACCAGAGGUUCAUGGUCAGUCAGAGAUGAGGGAUGUCUAUUUUAAUAAUUUAGAACAAUUUCUUUUCCAAUUCUGAAUGGCAGGAUAUGCGCUCUGGAAAUUUUGGUAGACAAGUACCUGUAGAAAUUACCUCUGAAUAUUUUUGACUGCUUAUAGUUGUAAAUAAAUGUUAUUUGUACUCCUUGCAGCAUCAGUUCUGAACUUAAUAAGUAAAUGCCUCUUUGCAAGAAUUGUGGCAAUGAAAACAAGCCAAUUUCAGUCUGGUAAAUUUUCAGUAGAUGAAAUUUGCUUUUUGUGAUUUAAAACAGAGAUGGUCUGACAGAAAUAAUGGCAGUUAAGAGUGAAUUAGAUACAUAUUACUGAGUUAAUUGCAUUGUGCACUUUAGAAGAAUAAGCCGUCCUGCUUUUGUGUGGUGUGACCAAUGAUGUUCCCAGGCACAAAUUAAAGAAAAUUACUGGUUAUCAGCAAGUUGUCCAAAGGCUUUGGAUCAAUUUAUUCCAAAGCUUGAUCCUUUACCCACAAAGACAAGUCUACUUUAAAUAGUCCUUGCUUUCUCCUGUGUUGUCUGUUUUAUGCAAACUGCCUAGUAAAUUCAUUUCAGUAGCUCCUGGCUAAUGCCCUCUUCAAAAGCCAGUGAAAAUAAUUUAUAUUUUGAUGUACAGUGGUGGCUUGGUAAUCCUUGAAAUGUUAACAAGGAGAAAUUAGUUAAACUAUUUCUUAAACUAAUUAAAUAACAUUAAGGCACUUAUAUCUCAAAAUAUCUAGCUUAAAAUAGUUGAAAUGCUCAUAGUUUGAAUGAAGUUUGGUUAAAAAAAUGCCCAAAAUCCUCUUCCUAUAUAUGGCUCUCCUAAAAAGUGGAUUUACAAGUCACAACUGCUUUUACCUAUUCUACUAUACCAUGUAAUUGACUGAAUCAAGCCCCUUGGGCUUCCACUGCACACUUCAUCCCUCACCUUUCUUGGAUUUAUUGUGGAGAAAAACUAGACUUUAAUUUUCUUAUCCUUCACAUGGACAUGAGUGCAAGUGUCCAUUUUCAUAAACUGAUUUAUUUUGGAGGACAUUUCUUUUCCAAGACUACGCAUAACUGAAAGGAAAAUUACACAAAAUGCAAAUAUAAGAUCAGUAAAGGAAUGUAUAUAAUACUGCUCUGUGUUUUACAGUAAGAUUUGUUGCUCUCAAACUGUGUAAAACAAAAUUUAUUCAUGUUUUCUGCAUAUUAAAAAAAUAUUGUACCAAUUGUUAAACUAUUAAAUGCAUAUAAAACCAA